GAGUUCUCUACAGUAUCUAAUGUAAAAGUGUAGAUUUGUUAUGUAGCCAGGCGGCAGUGUGUAUUGUCAGGCAGAACACACAGCGGUGGCUUGGUGCUCGCUGUAUUUAGUUGUGUGUGUGUGUGAGAGAGAGAGAUGCCCUGCUAGCCAUUAUGGAUCCUCAGCAGCCUGUUUUUAACCUGAUGAAGCGGUUCUGUCCUUGUUUCAGCCUGCUGCCGCUGCCAAGUCAGGACUGGAGUAAGAGUGACGAGAGGCUCCUGCAGGCUGUGGAACAGAAUGAACCUGACAAAGUUGCCGCUCUCAUCGUCAAAAAAGGUCUCUGUCCUACCAAGCUGGAUGCUGAGGGCAAGUCAGCGUUCCACCUCUCUGCAUCCCGAGGCCGGCUAGACUGUCUGGAGGUCAUCAUCUCACAUGGAGCAGACCUCAACGUCACUGAUGGUGCUGGCUUCAGCGCCCUUCACCUUGCAGCCAAAAAUGGCCAAUCAGAGUGUUUGAAGAGGCUCUUACAGGAAAGAUUAGCAGUAGAUUGCACCGACAGCAUUGGUAGGACACCACUUCAUCAUGCAGCUGUCAGUGGCUGCUUGUCCUGCACUGAGACCCUGUGGGACUUUAAAGCCAAUUUGGAUGUCCAGGAUGGGGACGGGGCCACCCCUUUGAUUUUAGCAGCCCAGAUGAGCAGAGUGGAGCUGUGUGUCUUUCUGUUGGGUCGAGAUGCCAAUGCAAACAUACAAGACAACCAGGGAAGGUCUGCAUUGAUGCUGGCAUGUGAGAGUGACAGUGUUGUGACCGUAGAAGCUCUCCUGAGAGGCGGGGCCAACACACAGCUUGUUGACACCCUUGGACACAGAGCCACCGACUACAGUGUAACCACGGGCAACCAACGCAUCAUGCAGCUGUUGCAGGAUGGAGCACCUCCAGCUUCUGAGGGCGCAGGCGAGGAGUUCCAGGGUCUGCCACCCUCUCCACAGCCCCAGAGUCCUGCUCCACCUGCCCAGUCCCCUGAGCCCCAGUCCCAGUCUCCUUCUCCCUCUCCCCAGCAGUCCGCCCAGCCAGAGGAUGAGGAGGUGUUUGAGGAGAUUCGACGUCUGCGUUUGGAGAGAGGCCGUCUGCUCCUGAAGAUCAAAGCCUUGGAGCAGCAGCAACAGAGCGCCCUCUCUGCCUUGGAGGAGUUGUCCCAACUAAAGCAGCGUCUAGAGGAGGCAGAGGCAGAGAGAGACAAGCUGCUUGAGGAGCUGAAGGGAGGCCAUGGUAUUGGGGCCAGUGACUCUGAGGACAUGGAAGAAAUGUUGGACUUUCCAGAGAAGCUGCUCUCCAAGCGCUCCAGAGCCUCCCCUUCCCAGGAUGAGGCCACUUCACAAGCGAACACGGAAUCAGCCCACCCCUCUGUCGAUGAGCUGCGCAAACAAAUAGAGGAACUUACCUCACAAAAUUCUGAACUAGCUCUCAAAGUGCAGAUGCUGGAGAUGUUUGAGAAGGAUGACACAGACAUGCAGACCUCCAACUCGGACUUUGUGCCCAUAGUUCAGUACGAGAUCCUGAGGAAGGAGCUUGAAGCCCUUCAGGAGCGCUUCUCUCAGGCCCAGGCUUCAGAUGAGGCCUCCAGCCUGGCAGAGGAGCAUGGUGAUGAGAAAUCUCAGGAAGGAGGUGCAGAUGCAGAGAGUAUGGAGGCUCUGAAGGGGAAGCUGCGAGGGCUGGAGGAGCAGUUGGCCUCCUCCCAGUCUGAACUGGAGGAGCUGAAGGAGCAGAUGCGCCUUGGGGUGCUUUCUGUGGAGUGUGGUGAAGGGGAUACUGCCGCGGCAGGUGGUGGGACUGAAAGCGUGUCUGGGGCUGCAGACGAGGGUCUGAGCCAAGAAGCACAGCAGCUGAGAGCAAGGGUGACGGAGCUAGAGGAGGAGCUUGUUAAGAGACAGGGCGAGGCAGGGGGUCAGAGCAGCCAGGAAAGUGACACAAUCAAACAGCUGUCAGAGAAAGUAGAGGAACUCCAUGCUGCUCUGGCCCAGAAAGAGUCUACCAAACGAGAAGGAGAGAAAGACGGUGAAGGAGAAGAGACGGAAACAGUGAAGUGCCUCCGUGACAAAGUGGCUGAGUUGGAGGCAGCCCUGGCAGAGAGCAGGACGUCAGGGAAAGAGGGAGGAGCAGCAGGAGAUGGAGAUCAGGUCCGUCGUCUCCAGGAGCGUUUGGGAGAGCUAGAGGGGGAGCUUAGAAAGUGUGUGCCCCGUUUGGAGUUGGAGGAGGUGCAGGUGACUCUGGGGCUCCAGUGUGAGCAGCUGGCAAAGGAGAGGGUGGACGUGGCUAGAAGGCUCAACGAUGCUCUCCUGGAGCUGGAGAGACUCAGGCAUCCUGCAGGUGGAGAUGAUGAAGAGGAGGAAGAAGAGGAGGAGCAUUCAGAGAGCUCAGAGCCCUCAGUCACAUCAGGGCACUCCAGACGCUUCCUGGCAGCAGUGAGAGAGGAACUGGAGGUGGCAAGGCAGGAAGCAGCCCAGGCUCUGGACUGCCUGUGUGCCGAGCGCGAGGGCCGGGCACAGGAUGCCCUGCAGCUGAAAGACGCAGUGCCAAUCUCAAAACAUAAGGAGGCGCUGUCUGCAGUGUCAGAGCAGCUAGCUCAGACACUGCAGGAGCUCCAGGAGGAGAAGACCCUUCGUGCUCAGGCUGAGGAGCAGGCUGCCAGACUAGAGGCCAAACAGCAGGCCAUGCAGGAUGCCAUACCCAAAGAGGAGCAUGAGAAAGUAAAGGCAGAGCUCCAGCACUCCCUGCAGGCCAGUGAGAGCAGUGCAGCAGCAGCUCAGGAGGCUCUGAGUGAGAAGGAGAUGGAGCUGAGAGAGCUGAAGUCCCAGAAGGCUGCAGAACAGGGUCUGAUCUCCAAGGAGGACCAUGAGGCCCUGCGGCUCUCUUUGCAGGCUGAGAUCAAUGCCGCCACGGCUCGUUUCAACGAUCUCACUCGCAAACAUGAGAAGACCUGCACUGAGGUGUUCCAGGUACAGAGGGAGGCUCUCUUUCACAAGAGUGAGCGGCAGGUCGCAGAGUCCCAGCUGGCCACGGUGCAGCAGCAGCUGGCCAAAUUACAGGCCCAAUCCACCCACAUCCAGGAGCUCCACAAGGACAUCCAGGAAUCCCAGGGCCUGGUCAAGGAGAAGGACCGCAAGAUAACAGAGCUGUCCAAGGAGGUUUUUCGGCUAAAGGAGGCCCUAGGAGCUCUGUCACCUCCUCUGGGCAUCACCUCCUCAUCUACCCAUCAUGGUAACCCUGGGCAGCAAGUGGCACUGCAGAACAGGAUUGCCAUACUCACCCAGCAGCUCCAGGAUUGGGAGAGAAAGCACAAACAAGUGGUGGCUAUAUACCGUUCCCAUUUACUGGCAGCUGUACAGGGCCGAAUGGAUGAAGAGGUGCAGGGUCUGCUACUCCAAAUCCUGAGGAUGUCACAGCAGGCACACUGAACCUUACAACAUCUGCAAGUCUCUUUCUACCUUCCAGUCCCUUUACAGGUCAGCAUAAAGCAGCUUCAGCACAGCAACCUGUGGGACCAGCAUCAUUGAGACCUUGUCUAGAAAGCCAAAUACAACUGAUCUUUGUUCAGACAUAACUGCAUGUGUCCAAUACAGUAACCUAAACAACAGCCUUAAGGCUUGAUUGAUAAUCAAACAAUAGAACUGUAGAGUGCCUUCAUGGAUAACUGAAAUGACAGCAGCCUAUAAGUCACAGGUUUAUGGUAGCAGAAAUUGAAUGUGAAUAGAGAGUCGUUACUUUGAAGAUAGAAUCAGGUGCACUGAUUGUGUGACAAGCCUAAUGAUUUUAUAUAAUAUUGUUAUAAUAAAAAGAAAAACAAAUA